AUGAGUGAGCGGCAGCCGACGACGGCGCUGCAUGGCGGGCCCUUCGAGCCCGGGCCGCCGCAGGGACCCGCGCCGGGGCCCGGGCCGCCGGCGCUGCUUACGGCCCAGGACAGCUGGAUGGUGGGCGGACCACCGCCCUACCAGCUGCUGGCAGCGCCACAAGAGUUCGGGCCCUUCGCGCCCCCGCCGCAGUUCGAGUCGCAGUUCAACAAGGUGUGCUUUCCUUUCCCGCCGGGCUUCGGCUUCGCGCCCAAGGAUCCCGACGACGGCAAGGACGAAGGCCUGACGGCGCGGCUGCUGGACAAGCCCGGCGACGGGUCGUCGCCGAGGGCCGGCACGCCCGCCGCCGGCGGCGUCGGCUACCGGCCCUGGGAGCAGGAGGGCUUCGAGGGCGCGCGGCCCGGCGACAAGGACCAGCGUCCGUUCAGUAACGGCCAGGACAAGGGCAGUGGUUCACCGGGCCUGGGCUCCCAGGACAGCUCGCAGUCUAGCGAGCGUAUGCCCACCCCCGUGGACAAGAUGGCAUCGCAGCACCCGGCGCCGCCGUUUCCGAUGCAGCAUCAUCCCUUCGCCGACUUCCCCCCGCACCACGCGGUGUUCUUCGCGGCCGACAAGGGCUCCGGCGAAGAGCCGUCCUUCCAGGUGCCCUCCGUGUCGUCCACCACCACCAGGCACACGCUGCUCCAGCCCAUGGCGCCCGCUUCGCACGAGCCCUGGGUCGACCAGCGCAACGGCCUGGCGGCGCCCCCGCCGCCGGGCACGCCGGACGCCAUGGACAAGGGCACCAAGAAGAAACGCAAGCGCUGCGGCGAGUGCCCAGGCUGCCUCAAGAAGGAUAACUGCGGCGAGUGCGGGCCGUGCAGGAGUGUGCGCAGUCACCAGAUCUGCAAGAUGCGGAAGUGCGAUCAGCUCAAGACCAAAAAGGAGAAAGAGCGCUAUGAGAAGAUGAUGCAUCAGAUGCACGAAAGGCGUCGGGGCACACCAGAUGAAAAUAAAAAUAUGCAACAGGUAGCGAGCGCCAUUUGCGGAAGCGGGGUUGCCGGAAAAGACGGAAUGGCGUCGUCCCCCGGCAGCAGAAAUAAUCUCAACGGGAGGACGCUGAACGGCUCCACGACGCCGUACCUCCCGCAGGGAGUGCCGGAACACCUCGGGCACCCAGGGAUCGGUGGCUUUUCUGGCCACAGCGAGUACCAGCUGCCACCCACAGCCAAGAGUGGGACAGCGGGUGGCCCGAAUCAGAUGUUUGAGUCUGGUUCUUCAUUUGGGACCUUUCCUGCCCAACACCCUCAAGUGGUGGGUGCUUUCAAUGGCCAUGUUCAACAGCAGCAGCAACAACAACAGCAACAACAGCAACAGCAACAACAACAACAGCAGCAGCAGCAUGAUGGGCGCCUGCCCAUGGGCACUGAGGAGGCAGACUUCCCAACACGUCACCAGAUGAUGAAUAAUCGCCUCAAGACUCUGAUUCAGACUAGGCAGAGCCAGAAGGAGCAAGGCCCUUUCCAGGGCUUAGAAAGUACUCUGGGCCCUGCUGGCAACUUUGUGCACCCGCAGCCAGCACAGCCCGUUCCUGACGAGCCCAUGGGUCACCAGCAGUUCAGCCGUCAGGCACCCCCGAAUGAGGUCGGCCCCUCACGGAGCUUCCCUCCCUUGGCAAGGAGCAACAGCGGCAGCAGCAACAGUGGCAGCCAUUCUAAUGGCAAUGCUCGGCCACCUUCAUCGAGUGAGCUCCCAGCUGAGGCCUGGCACGAGGCGAACCCCUCCGUGGGGCAGGCACGUGGCCGGCCAGAGCUGCCAGAGUUUGCCAAGAAUGGGUCGUCAUCCCAAGGGAGCAACAACUCCGAAGCAGAGUUCUCCCAGCCUGAGGAUCAGAGUCGCGAGAGUGAGUUUGCUGACAGCAGUGCUGAAACAAACAACACAGCCCGAGCCCCAAGUGGGCCAGGUGCUCCUACCAAUGGCAUGCUGCCAUAUGGGAAUUUCUAUGGGGCACCACAAGAGCAGCCAGAAUCCAAAGCGGAAGCGUGUGACAACAAGAAAACAACACCCGCUACAAGUGCACCAUCUUCGUCGGAGGCAGACAUUCGUGGGGGUGCUCAGUACCACUACACUUCUUCUGCAGCCUCCAUCGGCACAACGACAACGGCCAGCACAGUCACUAGCCACCUUAAACAGCCCUGCAAUGGACCAGCGCCACCAUCGCCAUUUGCAGAGCGACAGUCACCACGGGCAGCCUUUCAGGGGGCUCCGCCAUAUGUGACCCACUUAGUGCCGCCCAGCCCUGUGCGUGGAAAUGAAAGUGACUCCAGCCAUCAGCAGCCGCGCAGUGAGAGUGAGCCAACUACGGAUGCAGUGCAGCAGCCUUUUUUAUCGAAUACGACCACAUCUAUGAGUACAUAUACAAGUAUUAUCAGUACAUAUAACAGCUUCGCCACUUCGUGCGCUCCUUCCUACCUAGCGGAGCAGUCGCCCCACCACCACCACCAGCAGCUGACUGCGGCGGGGGGGUCCAAGUUUGGUGGUGACGGUGCCCAAGAUGGGGCGGCUCGGGCGGGAGGGGUGCCCGACGUAGAUGCUGGUCGUAUUGCUGCUGUGGGCGAAUUCCGAGGACUGGAGUUGGGCCUGGCGCCUCUUGGGGGGCCGCCACCCCCUCACUUUGGGGGAUUUGCUGAAGGGCCCCUAGGCUAUGCGGGCCCCCCUUUCCCUCUGCCCCCCAUGGGCCCACCUGGGGCAUCUUUUGCUACCCUUAAUCUGCCAGGUGCCGAUCCCUGGUGGGAGCGACUUGAGCGACUGCGGAGCAAUGCCAAGACAGAGCCCCCCGCCUGCGACUGCCUGUCGCCUGAAGAUGCUCCACCUCUGGACAAGUCUCCCUACUACACUCACCUUGGCUCUGGGCCAACUGUGGCCGCAAUUAGGGAAAUGCUUGAGCGCAGGCUGAAUGAGACAGGCAGUGCACUACGAAUUGAGAAGGUGCUGUACACUGGAAAGGAGGGCAAGACAAGCCAGGGCUGCCCAGUGGCCAAGUGGGUGAUUCGGCGCAGUGGUCCCAACGAAAAGGUGCUGGCUGUGCUGCGGCAUCGGCAAGGUCAUCGCUGCCUGUCAGCCUAUAUUGUCAUGGCCAUUGUUGCAUGGGAGGGUGUCCAUGCGGACAUGGCCGACGACCUCUAUCGCACAGUUGUCAAUAAAACAGUCAACUUUGGCUUCCCCACCCAGCGUCGCUGUGGCACCAACGAGCAACGAACAUGUGCAUGUCAAGGAGCAGACUCUGAAAACUGUGGAGCAUCUUUUUCAUUUGGCUGCUCGUGGAGUAUGUAUUAUAAUGGCUGCAAGUAUGCAAGGAGCAAAUCUGUUCGGAAGUUCAAGCUUUCGGAACAGUCUGAAGAACAGGAGCUUGAAGAGAAGCUACAGCAAUUGGCGACUGAUAUGGCUCCCCUGUAUGCUAGAGUUGCACCAGAAUCAUACAAGAACCAGACUGAGUUCGAGUCCGAGGGUAUAUCGUGUCGGCUGGGCCUGAAACCAGGAAGGCCAUUUUCGGGAGUCACAGCCUGCGUGGACUUCUGUGCCCAUUCUCACAAAGAUUUGCACAACAUGAAUAAUGGCUGCACUGUUGUGGUUACAUUGACAAAACACCGUGGUUUUGAGAAGGGUGAUGAUGAGCAGCUGCACGUGCUUCCAUUGUAUGUACUUGAUGCAAGUGAUGAAUAUGGGAAAAAGGAUGGAUUUUAUGAAAAGGUAAAAACAGGGUCAUUGGAAGUACUCACUAAAUAUCACACGACAACUAGGAUACGUAAGGUACCUUUGGGCCCCUGCAAGAAACGUGGGCGGAAAGAGAAGAAUCCUGAUGAAGCAGUGCAUGCAGUUCAGCAAAAUUUAAACUCCGAGGCACAGACAGAUGAAGGCUAUGCAUCACAGACGAUGCCAUCACCAGUCUUCAGUCCCAAUUUUGAAGCACCAUCCUACCACAGAUCUCCUUUCGAAGAGAAGUACAAAUCAGGUGUGCCUCAAGUGAAGCAUGAAUCAGAGCUUGGUAACCCCAGGCUCGAGAUUCCCAUGGGCCUUUUUCGAUCUCAGCAGCAGUCUAGUUUUCAACCUACUACUAGUGAGCCUCCUACAUCCAAGUCCUAUGGUACAUGUGCCCCAGGAUACAAAGUGAAAAAUGAAUAUUUGCCCCCCAUGUCUUGCCAGUAUGAUACAUCAGCGCCAGAAGGCAGUUUCUCUGUGCAGAAACCGAAUUCUCCUUGUGCUGAAUCUCAUAUUCCUUGUCCAGGCAAAGAUGACAUGAAAGUGGUGGUGAAAAAGGAAAAUUCCAGCGAAGCCUGCAUUCAGAGUACCCUGGACAAAGAAAGCCAAGUAUUAAAUAAAACCUCAGGUAUGCCUCAAAUCUUGUCACCUCAUACUUCAGGAAGAACGCAUCAUACCAAGGAUUCCAGUCCAUUUAAUCAGCCAUAUCUUCAGCCUCAACAAGAUCUUGCCUAUGGGAAUCCUUACUUUACGGGAAAUUACUCACAGCAAGGAACACAAAAGAUGGCAGGUCUUUGUACCAUCCCUCAAAGCCCCAUGAUGACUACCAUUCCGGACACUCCUCCUGAGGAUCAUCAUUUGGCUAUGAACUAUUAUAAGUACAGGAUGGUCGACAGGUACCACUAUUCAAGCUACUUGCCUCACAGUGGGCAGGAUGGCCCCCCGGUGGAAGGCCACAGCAUCGACCACCUGCAGAAUUUGGCUUCGGUUUCCAACCAUCACCUGCAGAACCUCGAAUUAGGCCGUCCCAGUGGAGGCCAUGCUGUCUACUCACCAUUUGUGGAUAGAAGUGCUUCCAUGCCACCAUACCAUCAUCAGUCUCUAAACGCCACAUUCAGCCCCAUCUCCCAGACUCCGUCCCAAGGUGUUAUGCUUCCACCAUCGUAUGUCCCACAGGCAGUGUCUCCACACAUCGCUCGAAACGCUGGUUACAGUGCACCUGGUUUUUCCAGAAGUGGCAGCUUUCUACCUUCACCUCAUGAAACAUUUCCACCUCAUCCCAGUCCUCCGGUCACUCCUAUGACGCCACCUAGCACACCGAGGCUGACUGAACUGAACCCUGUGCGAAUGGACUCGCCACUUCACAUGCGGGCCCCGUACUAUAUGACUGGCAGCUUUGGAAUGCCUGUCGAUCCACCCUACGGAGCAGCAAGGAGCCACAGUCAGGGUGCCCCCUUCCCCCAAGUGCCCUACAUGGACGCAGCAGCGUGGGCCUCCGACCGUGACUACAGUGCAGGCUUCCAAGGCCCCUAUUAUGCGCCUCGUGGUCAGUGCUUCCCAGCAGCAGUCACACCGCCAAAAGACUACGGCAUGCAGACACCUCCUGUUGCAGGUCUUGCGACACCACCACCGCAAGGCCGUUGCAUGCAGGAGCGCGCCAGUGUGCUUCCCCCCUUCAAGAACACUUUUAUGCCAGCGCAGACUGCACCGAAUGGCUUUGAGCGGCACUUGCAGACAUUUCGUUCAGUCAUGGAGGAUACUCAGAGAAGCCAACCAGUUGGCCCUCCACGACUUGUGCCUCGCCCAGCUAGUCAUGAGGGCCUCCCUAGGGUGGAAAUACCCAAGGCUGAGGAGGAAGGCAUCUAUGAAGUUGACUCAGACAACGAAGCAGUGUUCCAGGAUCCGGAAAUUGGUGGUGUGGCCAUUGCCCUUACACAUGGGUCUGUAUUAUUUGAGUGUGCUAAGCAUGAGCUCCAUGCUACCACUGCACUCCGGCGGCCCGACCGCAAGAACCCCACCCGCAUCAGCCUUGUCUUUUAUCAGCACAAGAACCUUAACUUCAGGAACCAUGGCGAGGAAGAGUGGGAGAAAAAGAUGGAGGUUCGCAAGCUGGAGAAGGCUAAUGGAGAACGGCCAUCGAAGAAAAAAGCCAAAAUCUCUUCAGAAAGGUUGGAUGAGGAUGGGUUCCCUACGUCGGCGCUGCGGCCAGCUGACCAGGCACAGUCCUGGGAGGCACCCCAUGUGCCCCUGCCCUCAUUUUUUGCCAUCAACCCAUACCAGAAGUGUUUCUAGUUUGGCCCAGACAGGAGUGCACUGGGAAGCUUCUAGUGUGCCAGCCGAGAAUUUGCACAACAUAAGCCUCAAACACAAGUGUAGUCAAUCACGGAAAUGUGUGCAUGAUGUGAGGAGCUACUGCUGUGCAGUUUCUCAGAGUUCUUGGGCAGCACAAUGCAUUCACCUUUUCUGCUUGCUUUCACCUGUGUAAAAAGUGUUUGUACUGCUGGCUAACGAGUGAUGAGGCCAGCUCCCUAUAACAUGCUUGCAGGUUCUUUGUCUGCUUCCCUGAGACAGAUGAAAUGCAGGUGCCACACAUUGGUAUUCUUUGGCCUUGAUCUUUAUGGCAGGGUGAAUUUAUUUUAGAGACUACUAAUAAAAAAACAAUUUAAAUCAUAUCAAAUUGAAGGAAUGGAGAAACUACUAUUUUGAUCAUCAAAUUGAAUGCUAAUUAUAAUCAUUGCUAUACAGCAGAGAAAAAAAGGCAGUGGGAGCAGAGAGGUAAAGAAAUGAGAUUAUUUUAGUUUGACUGCCCAUGCUAUAUGUAUUGCUAUUUACAAAGUAGCAAAACAUUAGGCAUAGGUGUCAGCAGCACUAACAGUGACAUCUCAUGGAAAGAAAAUUAUGACACAUAAGAAAUAUUUGUUGUCUACAUGGCUGUCUUUGUCAAGGAAAAAAAUCACGCAGUAUAUGCCAAGGCAUUAUGUUGCUGCUGAUACCUUUAUGUCCUCAGCAAAGCAGCACAUAACCUACUGCUUCUCAUCUUUAUCCUUGGUGCUUUGGUACGUUGUAAAUGGUGGUACAUCUAUGAAUGGGCUAUAUAUCUAUAUUACUACCCUUCAGUGCGCUUAGUGCUGUCUCUGAGUGAAAGAAUGCUCAAACAGGCCACUCGUUUAUUGAACAGGUCCAGCAAAACUUAAUAUCUUAUGAACUGCAAUAUAAUUGAGAAUAAGUGAUUAGUAUUCACAAAUAUUGAAUGUCAUUCUUUUACUAAAUAUUAAUGGUGUAACAAAAUGUUCUGGCAGUAUCAAGUAAUGAGGAAUGCAAGCAGAAAGCUGAAGUGUGUAUGCUUUUGAGGUUGUUAUCUCUUUAUCUUCGUUGAAAAUGUCUUCAUGAUUUAACUCUUCUGGUGACCUCUACGGGUAGGUAUUGCCAGUCUGACAUUUCCUUUAUUAAACUGCUCAGUGCAAAAAUUUAGACAACGCACUCAGAAAAGUCGAGGAGCAGUGCCUCACCGUUUCUGUAUGUGUUGUCUAAACUUUUGCGCUGAGCUGUUCGAUAAUAGAGUACCAACUAGCCCAAUGCCACACUUAGCCGAUAUUUCCCUUCAUAAUGUUAAGGAAGUCGUUGGCCUGCACACAUAUAUAUAUAUAUAUAUGUUUUUCUCACAAGUGAGGGACAUUUCUGGUCAAAAGUUUUUCUGUGUCUUUUCAUGCACCUACUGGAAGUGUAGAUAUUUAAUAUUUUAUCAUGAAUGGUUGUUAAAAUAGCUACAGAAGUCUGAAGCUUAUUUGUUUUUUUCUUUUUUGUAGGAUUAGCCACGCACAAUAACAUGUACCAGCACAGCAAUGUGAUAUUAUUGAUGAAACUUGACUAGCAAAAGCUAGCCUAUGUUUUUAUGUGUAUGACCCACAUUUUUUAAAAAUUUUAUUCGUUGUAACUUUUUGGAAGAGGUCUCCAUGCUGCUUUAUGCAUAUUUUUCUUUAUACAUAUCUUUCAAAGCCCUAUAAAAAUUUUUCAAAACACUUGCUUUUGUACAGUAUAUAAUCUGUAUUUCAGGCCGCAUAGAGGAGCUUUUAAAGCUUAACAUUACGAUAUCGUCGUGCAGCAUUAUACACUGCUUUCUUUUCUCCAGUCUGAUCCUUAUAAUUUUUUGUUAACUGCAGAUCUGAGAAGGCUCAAUUUCCUUUGCUCUUCUUGUCUCCAAGUGCCCCGUUCGCACUGUACAAAAGGGAGACAGAAAUACAGUAGUUUGCUUCAACGUUCACAUAGUUCACCUUUGGGGUGUCUGCUUAGAGUGUAGUGGGUGAGGACAAGACAGCUGGUGCCAGCAUCUGGUGCCAUCGAGGCAAGCAGGAGACACGUGAAAACAUUCCCAACAUUUUCCCUGCCUCAUGUGAAAAAGUCUGGCUUCUAACUAAGUAGGCGCAGCUACCAUUUCCGGCCCUGCAAAAUGUUUUGAACAUGGUGAGAAAAUGCUGCCAAUCAGUAGUUCACAACUCUCGUGAGCAUGUGAGCCAAAUAAUACAGCACUACAUGCGGUAAGGAAUUCACAGUUAUGUUUCAGACAGCUAGAGGUCGCUCAUACUUCUGUCACCGAAUUCCGUGAUAAGGUGCCUUGACUACACCAUAGGCGGAAAGACAUGACCAUUGGCUGAUUUGAGCAUUUGUGUGCUGCAUAGUCACCGCGGCCGCCAUGGUGUGCUGCCACAUACCCAGGCCACCCUCUAUAAUGUUAUAAUUGAUCACAAGCGUGCUCAUGAUCUUGCUAAAAGUGAGCGGAUGCGUUCAAAAAAAAAAAAAACUGUAGAAAGUGCUGAAGGUCAUGAUGCAUACUGGUACAAUAUCUUACCCCUUUGUCAUCUCCCCUUAAUAACUUUCAGCAAAUUUGUUUCGACUAAAGAAGUGAGAAAGUGCUUAAAGCAUGCAACAAUCCUUGUAACUCCGCUUGUGCUUGACAGAUUCAAAAAAUUGUUGAGGCAGUAGACUACGAGAAUGAGGUCACUUGGCCCCUUGAACAAGCGUCAAACUCUUGAGAUCAGUAUUUUCAUGCAACUAAAGCUGGCACUCUGUGAAGGUUGUCACGAACUAAGUGUGUGCGUUGAGCAGUGCACGUAUACAAAACAGGCCAUUUUUUGCUUUAAAAACAUAAAAUAUUAAAAAAAAGGAAUGUAAAUGCUUAAUUUUUUAGUUAUUCUUAAAGCUAAACACUUUAUGUGCAGCACUAAGUAUUAGGUAAUGACCCGUUUUCACUGGUGUAAACCACUUUGUAAUAUAUUUUAUGCUUUUUUUCAGGCUGAUGAAAGGCCCUUGUGUAUUAAGCUUCCAGUGCACAGUAACUUUUUCCAUGUGCUCAAAACUAUUUCGAGAGCUUGCACUAUAUCAUAUCUUAUCACCCAUUUUCUUGCUUUGGGGCCCUGAAUACUAUCAAUUAAUCACUUAGGUUGAACACCAUUUAACAAAAACAAAGGGGAUUUUUAGCAGAAACUACUCACUUUGACAUUGAGAAAAAACACAGACAACACACUGCUGGAUUAGCAACUGGAUGACAUAGCUGAACAUACAGUACAAAAGAGGCAGUGUUUAAUCCUGCUUGUCACAGUAAUGAUGUGUUUUUAAUCGAUUUCAUUACAGCAAAGUUUUCAAGUAAAAAUAGCAGGUCCCAAUGCUCGAAAUUUUAUACCUUAGCCAUACGUAAUUGUGGACAAUCAUUCAAUAGUGCACCAUCAAGUGAAAUGGAUCAUUGGCACAUCAGAAGUAAAGAACAUUGCUUCGUUUGUGCUGUUUCAUAUGGUAUAUUUAUGAGGCAAACUGAUUAAUCACUGCUCAGUUUAUAGUCCAACAGUGUGUUGUAUCUUUUCUCCUUGGAUCCAUGCCAUUGCUUUUCACUGCGAACCAGUCUUUCAUGUGCAUUCAAGACAAAAAAAAAUGCACAACCUAUGAAUAAGCUUGCAUUGUGUGAAACUAUUAUCAGACUUUACUGUUCAACAAAAAUCUUUUGACUGAUUUGGGUUUUUUAAGCACCCAGCAGUUCAAGUUGCUGGGUAAUUAAAUUAAGGCUUGCAACGCUAACUGCUAGCUUCUUGGUUAACUCUGUUCACAGAAUGACUCAAUAUUUGUGUGGUAAUGGUGCAAUUGACUUUUCUAGACCGGGCACUAAGUUUACCCCUCGAAGAAUCAAGGUACCUCCAAUUGUAGAAGUAAGUUGUUCUGAGGCAGAAAAAAAUAACUCUCUCUUUUGCAGGCUACUCUCUGAACAAGCAUUCUCAUGCUGCACAUAUUAGUGCAAAUGUAACAAUCUAGAGCAAUCAAGGUCACUUUGUGUCACUAAAUGAAACAUCAAUCAAAGGAUUAGUUUUUAAUUUGUGCACUACUGUGCAGCUCACUUAUUAUAUACUGUUAUUCUGCCAAAAAUAAUCAAAGUUGUUGGUAUCAUUCCUUAGUAUGCCAAUGAACAGCCAUUAAACUGCAACCUUUUUUCUUCUUUUUUUUUGUCAUGACAAAGUGUACGGUGAUAAAACAUGUUUGAGGCAAUCUCUUUGUUUAAGCACAUGGUUGGCACACAAGAAGUCUUCUAGGGCAUUCUAUGCUGGCACUUAGACUCACAGAUGUUGAGAGGGAUGAGGGCAUUGCUUUCUUUUUGUCAUCCUUGUCACCAUCUACUUGUUCAUUUAAGCAUGCCAUGAUUUCAUCAACAGCUGCCUUGCUAGCAAGUCAGGGGCAAGUCAUUCAAAUAGCAGCCUACCAGUUUCUUUGUUGGUAACUUGGCACUCAAGCUUGUUAAGCACAGAGUUUGACAUUACUUGAUACAUCUAACAUAUGGGCAUCAGACUACCAUAAUUUAUAAAUGUUCAUGUCGAAUUAAUAUUUCACAUCUCAAGUGUUUAUCAAGCAUGAAGGCCAAGUGAAAUUCUCUGGGUACAUUAUAAAAUGUCAUUUGCAGCUGUUACUAUUUGUCAUAUUGUCUGCUGCUAGAUAUUCAUCCGCAAGUCACGGACGUAUUGCUUGGCUCUCUCAUGUAUAUGCCACCAUCGUUAAGUGGUGUUCCAGUCACAUGAAAAAAGCUGACACUUUGAAAUAGUGCAUUCUUAACCUCUGCAUCUUUUUUAUGCUCAUCAUGCUUUCCUUACGGCAUUUGCUGCAAAGAUUGGCAUUGCCUUCAGUUUUUAAGCAACCCUUUACAAGUGUCUGCAGUGGCUCAGUUUUGUUAUUUGUGCUAUUGUUGCAGCUGUUGUCUUGCCUAGUAGUGUGUUAGUGUGUGUAUGUGCAUGCAUUUAUCUGCCAGAUUGCAUACUUGCAAAGCACUUGUCAUGAAAAGCAUUCAAGGCAGGGUGAUCUCUCAACGACGUUAAUGACGCACAUUAAGCAAUGAUGGCAGAAAAAUGCAAGCUUGUUGCAUGAUAAGUCAUGCAGCUUCACAGGUACAUCUGAGCAGCUUUUGCCGUUCCCACGAGCCAAACAACUGUAAUUCAAAGUACAGGCUCAGAGUCCUCCAAGAUUUCACUCUGCAAGCAUUAAAACGCAGCAAUGCAAAACUGUACUUGACAAGAUGUGCUCUUCCAAGGAACUUAGCUUGGUGAAUAGCACUUAGCUGUACCUCUUUAGAGAGAAGUUUAUGCUGCUUUUUGCUAGACGACUUCCAAGAUACUACAAUGCCUCCAAGGUGUAAAUAUUGGCAUAGUGCUGUUCUAUUUCAUGAUGAAAAAAAAUCUAUGAAUCUUAUCUUUUCUGUAAGGCAGCGACAGUCCUUAACAUUGUUCAUCUUGUACAGAGAACAUCUUCAAUAUAAGUUAUGAAAACUGUUAAUGUACCAGCAUCACUUUGUGACAGUGGCCUUGGUUACCUUGAUUAAUGAGCAACCAUUGCAGUGAGAAUGGCAUUGUGGGGCCUAGUUCUGUCACUUUAGCAAUGGGUGCAGCAGUUGGUGCUGCAUUGGCCAGAUGCAACCAGUCUAAUGAGCGAGCGAUGCAGCAUGUGGGUAUGCUAUGCAGUCGUUUAGUUUUCAUUUUAGCAAGAAGUAGUGUUUCUACCUGGUCAGUUCAUCUGUUAUUACUGAAUCAGCCAUUUUUAUUUAAGGCCCGAGUAUUUGUUAUACACCUACAAGAAUUUUCAAAUUAUUUAUACAAGUGGUUCCUGUUUUUUGAACCUAAAUUGUUUUUAUUUCAUCUCGACGUAUAUUGCCAAAGGGUAUUUAGAGCAAAAUGUCUAAAUUCAAAAUUGCCAAAGUUUUGAUUUUACACAGAGUACACCACUGCCAUUUUAGUUUACCAGUGUUAGAUUUUUUUUUUUCCCACCCAUCUAUGUUAUAUGUCACUCUCAUGAUUUUAUGUUGUUGUGAGUGUUCAGAAUGAAGUGCAUUCUUUUGUACAGAGCUGUAAAUAGGAAGUAUACCACAUUAUCAGAUUAGAAUCAUGCAAAUGCAUAGCAUAUUCACUAAGAGUAUUGACAACUACAUGCAAUGCAGAUACAUGUGUGGUCGUUAUACAUGAAGUUUUCCAAUAAACGGUACUUUAUUGUCUGA